AUGGCAGUAAAAGCUAACAAAAGGAAGGAGAGUGGCAACUCUGUUGCUGCUGCUGCUGCUGCUGCAGCAGGAGCAGGAGCAGCUGCUGCUGCUGCUCCUAAGAAGAAAAGGCGUGUCGAGGCAGAAGCAGCAGCAGCAGCAGCAGCAGCAGAUUUGUCUGCACCUUCUAAUGCUGCAGCAAAAUCAAAGAAGACGAAGAAGCAAAAGCUGCCAACAAACAAGCAGCAGCAGCAGCAGCAGCAGGAGCAGCAGCAGCAGCAGGAGCAGCAGCAGGGGCCCCCCAGUGCUGCAGCAGCAAAACAGCGAAAGAAACGAAAGAAUUCAGAGCAGCAGCAGCACGAGGAAAAGCAGCAGCCGCAGCAAAAACAGCAGCAGCAGGAAAAGCAGCAGCCGCAACAAAAACAGCAGCAGCAGCGAAAGCAGCAGCAGCAGCAGAAGCAGCAGCAGCGAAAGCAGCAGCAGCAGCAAGAGCAGCAGCAGCCCACAAGCUCUAUCACCGAAGACCACAGCCUUGAAGAUAGUGAGAGCAGCGACGAAGAGAACAGCAGCAGCAGCAGCAGCAGCAGCAGCGCAGCAGCAGCAGCAGCAGCAGCAGCAAAGUUCCACCGGAGCUCUCCUGGGGCAGCGAAAGGACCUGACGCUGCAACAAGUGCAGCAGACGCAGCAGCAGCAGCAGGUGCUGCUGCUGCUGCUGCUGCUGCUGCGCAGUGGGGCCAGGGCCGCCGCUGGACUGUGCUGCUGACCUACUGCCCGCUGCUGCUGCUGCGGCGGCGCAGCAGCAGCAGCAAAAAGAAGCAGCAGCGGCAGCAGCAAGACAAGGGCUCUUCGCUGUUCACAGCAGACGACCACAAGGCCCUGGUGGAGGCCCUCACAGAUGCUGCGGGGCUCACUCAGGACAGCAGCAGCAGCAGCAGCAGCAGCAGCAGCAGCAGCAGCAGCAGCAGCAGCAGCAGCAGGAACAAGGGCCUCAACCCAGUGAUGCCGCUGGUGCGCAGAGUGCAGCAGCACCUCAAGGCUGUCUCCUCAGGAGUCUCUGCUGCUCGGGGGGCCCGCUGGUGCGCAGAGUGCAGCAGCACCUCAAGGCUGUCUCCUCAGGAGUCUCUGCUGCUCGGGGGGCCCCCCAAGAAGGUCCUGGGGGCCCCUGGGGAUGACUGUGCUGCUGCUGAAGCCAGCCGUGUUGCUGCUGCUGCUGCUGACCCCAACUGGGUUGCUGCUGCUUGCAUGCGGGCGGACGCAGUGCACCAGUGUCUGCUGAGUUUCUUGGGCGCGCCCCUAGUCAAGCUGCUGCUGCAGCAGCAGCAGCAGCAGCAGCAGCAGCAGCAGCAGCAAGGGGGGCCCCCGCUGCAGCUGCUGCUGCACACUCUCGACGGGAAGCUGCUGCGCAUCAGCCCCCACUUUCGAGUCCCCCGGACUUUUAAAGUUUUUAAAAAAGUGAUGGAAAUGGCCCUGGCCUCUCCCACGGGCCGGCUGGAGGCGCAGCAGCAGCAGCAGCAGCAGCAGCAGCAGCAGCAGCAGCAGGAGCAGCAGCAGGAGCCGCUGAUCGAGGUGCUGCAGCCCCCCUUCUGGAGACACUUCCCCGAGGGCAGCAGCUGGGUGGCCCUGUCCGAGUCCCCUCGCGCCCCUCCGGUGUCUCUACGGCCCUUCUUGCAGGGGCUGCCGGAGGCUUUGAAAUCCGAAGCAGCAGCAGCAGCAGCAGCAAGCAGCAGCAGCAGCAGCAGCAGCAGCAGCAAGGCAGCUGCAGCAGCAAGGCGGCAGCAGAAGGUGCCCCCCGUUGUCUUCGUCAUUUCUGCCUCGCCAGCCAUCGACGCCUCUCUGCUGCCUCCAGUAACAGCAAAAGACGCAGAAGACAGCAGCAGCAGCAGCAGCAGCAGCAACAGCAGCAGCAGCAGCAGCAGCAGCAGCAGCAAGGAGCAGCGGGUGAUAGCGGUGGCCCCACACUCCUACCACAUUCCCGCUGCGCUGCACUGCGAUAGGCUGCUGCACGAGCUAGGCCGCGAGACUCUGCAAGCUGCUGCUGCUGCUGCUGCUGCUGCUGCAGCAGGUAAUUCUGCUGCUGCUGCAGCAGCAGGUAAUUCUGCUGCUGCUGCUGUCAGUGGGGCUUGA